AGUUUUACACUACUCCACUCGUACUCUAUUAGUCUAUUACGUACCUAUAGUACGAUACUACGACUCCUCAUCCUAUCUACCUUAUUAUAGAAAAGAAAAAGAAUACUAACAAUAAUAAUGGAUAUAAUGGGCAAUUACUACUCUGGGAAUUUCCUGACGGCGGUCGCCACUUCCUCCAACUUUUGGUCAACUUCCCCCGCCGCCACUACCUCCGAAGCACCUGGCGGCGCUGCGGUAUCCUCGCCCCUGUCUUCCGACGACAGUAGUACUGCAGGCUGCUGCAGUAGUUUUACCGCGACCACCACGAACAACAACAUGGAAGACACCAUGUCCCUGGCCUGCGAUACUCCCAAGAAACGAGCGGGCCGGAAGAAGUUCCGGGAGACUCGGCACCCCGUGUACAGGGGUGUCCGGAGCAGGAGCUCCGGCAAGUGGGUGUGCGAGGUGAGGGAGCCCAACAAGAAGUCCAGGAUAUGGCUCGGCACUUUCCCCACCCCCGAGAUGGCCGCCCGCGCCCACGACGUCGCCGCCAUCGCCCUCAGGGGCCACUCUGCCUGCCUCAACUUCGCCGACUCCGCCUGGCGCCUCCCCGUCCCCGCUUCCCUCGACCCCAGGGACAUCCAGAAGGCCGCCGCCGAGGCUGCCGAAGCCUUCCGAAGCGAACCCACCGCGGCGGCCGCGGGAGGGUAUGAUCCAGAGAGGAAUGCGGAGGCGUGGAUGGUGGAGGAGGAGGAUGUGAUCUUGGAGACGCCGGGAUUCUUCGCUGACAUGGCGGAGGCCCUGAUGCUUCCUCCGCCUCAUUACGAGGUUGACCGUGCGGAUGAUUACGUGGACAGUUCGGCUGACGUGCCACUCUGGUCUUACUCGUUUUGAUCCAUUAUUAUUAUUAUUAAUUCAAACGGACCCCUUUUUGUUUUGAAUGCUUUAUCAUGUAAUUCCGUACUGUGUAGCUGGAGUUAGUAGUACUCCGUACUAAUUACUCCGUAAUUAAUUAGUGUAUAAAUUCUACUCGUAUUU